CGGGUUCUCCUGUCUGCGCGUCCCGUCCCGUCCAGUCGCGCAACCAAAUUAAUUAGACUUGAGAUCGACUUUUUUUUUCCCACCCCGGCCAGGAAACGCCUCCUUGUCUAACCUCACCUCAACCUAUAAUACCAUAAUCCAGAGCUCGACGUCCUCCCACCUCAUACCGAAUCAAAACCCCCACGAUCACACGAUGCUCUGCUCUUGUCGCCUGAGUCCCCUGAGUCCCCUGCGGCUCUUCGUCCAGGGCAUGUCGCAAUUGCACAUCUCUGAACCCGUCGUCGCAACGAGACUCCCGCAACACCUCAAGAACACCCGUACUCUCCAGAUCAACCAAGCCUCGACGUUUGCAACCUCAGCCGUCCACAACAAAAAGCGUGACUCUGUGCCAUUUCAAAAAGGAGGGAAACAGGCCACAUCAAAAAGACCACUGGAAGAACAAGACCCAGACGCAGAAGAGGCGAAACCGAAGCGAGAAAACUGGCAGCUCCAAAAAGAGGCCCUCAAGAAGAAGUUCCCCGACGGCUGGAACCCGCGCAAGCGCCUGUCCCCGGACGCCAUCGCCGGCAUCAAGGCGCUGCACGCCCAGUUCCCCGAGGAGUACGACCUCAAGACGCUCGCCGACAAGUUUCAAAUGUCGCCCGAGGCGAUCCGCCGCAUCCUGAGGAGCAAGUGGCAGGCGACACCCGAGGAGGAGGAGGACAGGCAGGAGAGGUGGUUCCGGCGCGGUGUCAAUGUGUGGUCGCGGUACGCGGAGCUGGGCCUGAAGCCGCCUAGCAAAUGGCGCCGUGAGGGCGUCACGCGAGACCCGUCGUACCAUCACAACCGCAAGGAGGCGAUACAGAGGAGGAAAGAGGAGGAGGCCAAGGAGAACGUCGGGGAGAGGCUGCAGCGGAAGCUGUCUGAUACCAUUAUGUGAGUGCUGGAAAACGGCGCCUGCAUUUCUUUUCGACGAGCAGCUCGAAUACCAUCUCAGCUCUUACAUUAUAACGGCCGGCAAAUGGCCUCAAAAGUAUAUUAAUGAACAUUUCAUCAACA